AUGACAUAGUUUGUCAUUUUAAGUUGUAAAUCACGUUUGUUGAUUUGGAUGGGUUGAGAGUUCAAAUAAAAAUACAUGCUUUAAAGUAUAGAUUAUUUGGGAAGAAACUAUUGACUAUCCUUGAAAUAAUUGUCGAGUGAAUAAUAUAUUCAAGAAUUUAAUAAAAAAAUUUAUAAGUUGUACUUGUAACCAAAAUGCCUGAGAUUAAAAUUACUCCACUGGGAGCUGGCCAGGAUGUCGGGAGGAGUUGCAUUUUACUGUCAAUGGGAGGAAAGAACAUUAUGUUGGAUUGUGGGAUGCAUAUGGGAUAUAACGAUGAACGCCGAUUUCCUGAUUUUUCCUACAUCGUACCUGAAGGCCCUAUAACAAGUCAGAUAGACUGCGUCAUCAUUUCACACUUCCACCUGGACCACUGCGGUGCUCUACCGUACAUGUCUGAAAUGGUUGGCUACACAGGACCUAUCUAUAUGACACAUCCAACGAAAGCUAUAGCCCCAAUCCUACUUGAAGACAUGAGGAAAGUGGCAGUUGAGAGGAAAGGUGAGUCUAACUUCUUCACAUCGCAAAUGAUCAAAGAUUGUAUAAAGAAGGUUACAGCGGUGACACUACAUCAGUCUGUGAUGGUCGAUAGUGAGUUAGAAAUUAAGGCAUACUAUGCUGGGCAUGUGCUUGGAGCUGCCAUGUUUUGGAUAAGGGUAGGGUCACAGUCUGUUGUUUACACUGGAGAUUAUAAUAUGACCCCUGACCGACAUUUAGGUGCGGCAUGGAUAGAUAAAUGCCGCCCUGAUUUACUCAUAUCAGAGUCAACAUAUGCUACUACCAUACGAGAUUCAAAACGCUGCCGUGAAAGAGAUUUUCUCAAAAAGGUACACGAAUGUGUUGAAAAGGGUGGCAAAGUGUUGAUCCCUGUAUUUGCUUUAGGUAGAGCUCAAGAAUUAUGUAUAUUGUUGGAAACAUACUGGGAACGGAUGAAUUUAAAAUAUCCUGUAUACUUUGCACUCGGUUUGACAGAAAAAGCUAAUAAUUAUUACAAAAUGUUCAUAACAUGGACUAAUCAGAAGAUUCGUAAAACUUUUGUACAGAGAAACAUGUUUGAUUUCAAACAUAUCAAGCCUUUUGAUAAAUCAUACAUAGACAAUCCUGGAGCAAUGGUUGUAUUUGCUACACCAGGUAUGUUGCAUGCUGGCUUGUCUCUCAAUAUUUUCAAGAAAUGGGCACCCUAUGAACAAAAUAUGUUGAUCAUGCCUGGUUUCUGCAUACAAGGCACUGUAGGUCAUAAAAUCUUGAAUGGAGCAAAGAAAAUAGAAUUUGAAAAUCGUCAAGUGGUUGAAGUAAAAAUGGCUGUAGAAUACAUGUCAUUCUCCGCGCAUGCUGAUGCUAAAGGUAUAAUGCAAUUGAUACAAUAUUGUGAACCCAAAAAUGUAUUACUGGUUCACGGAGAAGCUCACAAGAUGGAGUUCUUGAAAGACAAGAUUGAAAAGGAGUUUAGCAUCAAUUGUUACAUGCCAGCAAAUGGUGAAACAGCUAUUAUAAACACCCCUACAAAAAUUCCUAUUGAUGUUUCUCUUAGGUUAUUAAAAGCAGAAGCUGUGAGGUACAACGCGCAACCGCCGGAUCCGAAACGCCGGCGCGUUGUUCACGGGAUCCUAUGUGUCAAAGACAAUAGGCUAUCGUUUUUAGAUAUUGAUGAGGUGUGUGAGGAAAUCGGUAUUACAAGGCAUGUUAUCCGCUUCACAAGCACAGUCCGUUUUGACGACCCUGGACCAGCUGUGAAAACUGCCGAAAAGUUAAAGGCACUAUUAUCAGAUAAGCUACAGGGCUGGUCCAUUACCAUAUCAGAUGGCAACAUAUCAGUAGAAUCUGUUCUCAUUAAAGUUGAAGGCGAUGAUGAUAACACAAAAAAUAUUUAUGUGUCAUGGACAAAUCAAGAUGAAGAUUUGGGUAGUUACAUUUUGGGAUUGUUACAAACUAUGGUGCAGUGAUAUUUUAGGCAAUAAAAAUAC